AUGCAUAGCAAAGUCAUCCUUGCAAGUAUUGAGCAUUCUUUGCCCCUAGACAAUACUACGACGUCCCAAAGGUACGUUGGUGCUGCCUCCUUGCGGGUGACCAUAGGCUCUCCUUCUCGGGUGAUCCCCUCUUCCUUCUCCCGAAUACCCAUCUUCGAAAGAAUGAUCGACACGUUCAGUGUUGCCGACAUUAAGUCGGCUCUCCCCAAGGACCCAGGUGGUCAUGAGGCCGCUAACUCCCCCGAUGCCACCGAUCCGGCCCAGAAAGGUUGGGUGAAGCCAGAGGGCUAUAACUACGAUGAAUUUGGCCAGGAGAACGCAAGGAACUUUGCUCUGGGCUUUGCUCACAAUGCAAAGAGCUACCAGUUCAAUAUUGAGGAAUACGGUGAUGUUGGUCCUGAAGUCCCCGAGCUCGAGGAGGAGCUUUUUGGGCCUCCCGAACUUCGGGGAUUGGAUGCCAUGGGGCAGGCGUACGAAACGAUUGAAAAGUUUGAGGUCCGCCAGCGCGGUGAUACUCGUAUCGUUCCCAUCGGCAAGACCUUCGAAGAUGCUGGUCUGCACCCCAUUAUGCUUCGCAAUGUUGAGAUGGCCGGAUUUCGCGUCGUCACCCCUAUCCAGCGAUUCACUUUCGCUGCCAUUCAAGAAGGGUUCGACGUCGUUGCCAUUGCCCAGACCGGCUCGGGCAAGACCGCCGCGUAUCUGCUUCCCAUCCUGAACAAGCUCAUGGGAAAAGCCAAGAAGCUGGCGGCUCCUCGUCCUAACCCGGCGACGUUCAUUCCUGGUGUCACGCCUCGUGUCCUAGCCGAGCCUCUUGUCGUGGUUGUCUGUCCUUCUCGCGAGUUGGCAGUUCAGAUUUUCAACGAGGCCCGUAAAUUCUGUUACCGCACCAUGCUUCGUCCCUGCGUCGCAUACGGCGGUGGUCCGCUCCGCGAGCAGAUCGACCAGUUGGGAAAGGGCUGCGAUAUCCUGAUUGCCUCUCCGGGACGGCUUUGUGACUUCAUUGGCCGACAUGACAUUCUUACGCUGCGCCGGCUUCGCUAUUUGGUCAUUGAUGAGGCCGACGAGAUGCUCCACGAUGACUGGAAUGAGGAGCUCGAGACCAUCAUGAGGGGUGGAGGCAAGUCGUCUGCCGCGAUAGAUCAGGAUGAGGGAAAUGUCCGAUACAUGCUGUUUUCGGCCACCUUCCCAAAGGCUUUGCGAGAUUUGGCCCGUACGCACCUUGCAGAGUCGCACGUCGAAAUCAGCGUGGGUCGUAUUGGCAGCACCCACAGCAAUAUUUUGCAGAAAUUCAUCGAGGUUCGCCCCGAGGAGAAGGAGGAGCAGCUCAUCAAGGCGAUCGAGUCACUGGACCCUUGCCGCACUAUCAUCUUCGUCAACUCAAAGAGGUCGGCCGAUGAGGUUGACGCUUUCCUCUUCAACAAAGGCUACCCCUGCGCGUCGAUGCAUGCCGAUCGCACGCAGCUCGAGCGCGAGGCCGCAAUGCGUGGUUUACGUUCAGGAAAGACACCCAUAAUCAUUGCGACCGGCGUCAUGGCUCGCGGGAUCGAUGUUCAGAACAUUCAACACGUCAUCAACUACGACCUUCCUUCGCUCGACUACGGAGGCAUUGAAGAAUACGUUCAUCGAAUCGGCCGCACCGCCCGUAUGGGACACAGAGGCCUUGCCACCUCGUUUUGUACCGAGCGGGAUGAGCCCAUGGCCACCAGGCUCGUUCGUCUUCUUCUCGAGAACAAGCAGGAGGUCCCCGAGUUUCUCCAGAUGUACAUGCCCGAGGGCGAAGACCUCCUCCAUCUGAAAUGGGAGGAGGAGUCCAACCCGGACGACCGUCCGGCCGAUGCGCAGGACUCUUGGGGUGGCAAUGGCGGCGAUGGCGGCGACGGCGGCGGCGGCGGCGAUACCUGGGGGGGUGAUGGAGGCGGUUCAUGGGGAGCCAAUGGUGGCGAUGACGCCUGGGGCUCCGGUGCUGGGCAUGCCACUGGCGGCGACGAUCAAAAGGGCUGGGAUACUCCUCACACAUGGGGGGGAAUCGAGGACUGUAUGCAGUCUAUGGAUUUCUGA